UCGUGCCUGCGCACACGGGAAGAACGAGAGAAAGAGUGGAAGGAGGGAGGGGGGAAACGUAGUAACUGCAAACGUGCUGCCGGUGGAGGGGGGGAGGGGUGGACGACCAGAACUGGACCGUUACUGGCUGGACCCAUGAGCGGACGGCGAGCCUCCGUGGAGGGCAGAUAAGGCGGCGGGACGCGAGCUGGCGGCUCCCGAUGAGUGGACAUUGGUUUGUUGUUUAGAAUGGAAGACAAAUCCUCAAUCCACAAUCCGAGCUCAUCCGCCGAUUCUGCAGCCCCGGUAAAUGCUGAAGAUUUCGUGGUGGUGCCCCUGCAGGUCGAUGGCUCUUCAAACUUGGACGACAGACCUCAGUUGAAGAUAAUGUCCAAUGGAGAUGAACAGCUGGAAAAGGCGAUGGAAGAGAUACUUAGAGAUUCUGAGAAAAAGCAAAAUGCCAACCAGGGAGGGAUCGACGGUGGUACAGAGUCCUACAGUCAUGGCUCCAGCAUGACUGCUGCCAGAAACCCUCCGCUCACAUUAAUUUUAGACCCCAACAGUACAGAGGUUCCCGCACAGAACACCAGCCUGGCCGCAAACCCUCCAGAAGAGGAAAGUGUUUCCUUUCACAAACUCUCAUAUUUAGGUCAUAUGAAGGUUUCCGCUCCACGCAGUGAGACAGAAGCCCUGCGGGCCAUGUCCUCCAUGAGAGCAGAUUGUUCAGCUCCAAUCACUGUAACUCUCUACGUUCCCAAUGUGGCUGAAGGCUCCGUCAGGAUCAUGGAUCAGUCCACAAAUGCAGAAAUCGCCUCUUUCCCAAUCUAUAAAGUGCUGUUCUGUGUCCGAGGACAUGAUGGGACUUCGAAAUGCGACUGUUUUGCAUUCACGUCACGGGAUCUUGACACAGACGAGUUUCAAAUCCACGUGUUCAGCUGCGAGAUCAAAGAGGCGGUAAGCAGGAUCCUGUACAGCUUCAAUACGGCUUUCAAGCGCUCAUCAAAGCAAACUGCAGAUGUGAAGGAUUCCUCCCUGCCAACGCCAGAUAGUGAUGUCUUCACGUUCACGGUGUCCCUUGAGGUAAAGGAGGAUGACGGAAAAGGGAAUUUCAGCCCAGUGCCAAAAGAUCGCGAUAAACUGUUCUUCAAACUGAAGCAAGGCCUGGAGAAGAAAGUUGUGAUAAUGAUCCAGCAGGUGUCAAACAAGGAGCUAGUUGUGGAAAGAUGUUUUGGAAUGCUGCUCAGCCCAGGCAAAAGCGUCAAGAAUAGUGACAUGCAUCUUCUAGAUAUGGAAUCUAUGGGAAAAAGCAGUGAUGGAAAAGCGUAUGUUAUCACAGGAAUGUGGAAUCCGAAUGUCCCAGCAUUUCUAGCACUCAAUGAGGAAACUCCUAAAGACAAGAGAGUGUACAUGACCGUCGCUGUUGACAUGGUGGUUACAGAAGUGGUGGAGCCUGUCCGAUUCCUGCUGGAGACGGUGGUCCGUGUGUACCCCACAAACGAGAGGUUCUGGUAUUUUAGCAGGAAAACCUUCACAGAGACCUUCUACUUAAAGCUCAAACAGUCCGGGAAUAAGGGCUCCGGAGAUUCAAUUUACGAAGUCCUGAGCUUGCAAAGACAAUUGGAAAUGGUAGAGGCUCCUACCAGCCCAUCCAGCACUAGUGGGUUAAUGUCCCCGCAAGAGGAGGAGGAGCCAGAGGAAGAGAGUGACAGUGAACUCUGGAGUGGCACCGGAGACGUUUCCAAAGAAUGCCCAGAGAAGAUAUUGGGAUGCUGGGGUCAGCUACUUCAGAAAUGGCACAGCAAUCUGAGUGUGAGACCUAAGGGACUGUCCUCAUUGGUGAAGAGAGGAGGGGUACCAGAGGCGCUUAGAGCUGAGGUUUGGCAACUUCUCGCUGGCUGCCAUGAAGAUCAAGAAAUGAUGGAGAAAUACAAGAACCUCAUCGUAAAAGAUUCUGCCCAAGAGAGUGUCAUCAAAAGAGAUAUCCACCGCACGUUCCCCGCACACGAUUACUUCAAGGACACGGAGGGGGAUGGACAAGAUUCUCUGUACAAGAUCUGUAAGGCAUACUCUUUAUACGAUGAGGAUAUUGGCUAUUGUCAGGGCCAAAGCUUCCUUGCUGCGGUGCUGCUGCUUCAUAUGCCGGAAGAGCAGGCGUUUUGUGUCUUGGUCAGGAUCAUGUUUGACUAUCAGUUCAGAAACCUCUAUAAGAAUAACUUUGAAGAUCUGCAUUGCAAGUUUUUCCAGCUUGAGCGCUUGUUUCAGGAUCAGCUGCCUGACCUUUACGCCCAUUUUGCGUCGCUGAAUCUGGAAGCCCACAUGUACGCCUCUCAAUGGUUCUUGAGCUUGUUCACAGCCAAGUUUCCCCUCUGCAUGGUCUUCCACAUCAUGGACCUUCUGCUUUGUGAGGGUCUGACGGUCAUCUUCCAGGUGGCGCUGGCACUUCUGAAGACUUCCAAAGAAGACCUCCUCCAAGCGGAUUUUGAAGGGGCAUUAAAGUUUUUCCGGGUCCAGCUGCCAAAACGUUACAGGGCUGAGGAGAAUGCGCGGAGGCUGAUGGAGCAGGCCUGUAACAUCAAGGUGCCUACAAAAAAGCUUAAGAAAUAUGAAAAGGAGUACCUGGCAAUGAGAGAGAGCCAGUUACAACAAGAGGAUCCAAUCGAGAGAUACAAGAGAGAAAAUCGGAGGCUCCAGGAGACCAGCAUGAGACUGGAACAGGAAAAUGACGACUUGGCGCAUGAACUGGUCACCAGUAAGAUCGCUCUGCGCAAUGAUUUGGACCAGGCUGAAGACAAGGCUGAAGUGUUAAAUAAAGAACUUCUGCUCACCAAACAGAGGCUGAUCGAAGCCGAGGAGGAAAAGCGCAAACAGGAGGAAGAAACCGCACAGCUAAAGGAAGUUUUCCGAAAGCAGUUAGAAAAGGCAGAACAAGAAAUUAAAAAGACAACUGCUAUCAUAGCAGAGUACAAACAGAUAUGCUCUCAGCUGAGCACUCGGCUGGAAAGACAACAGACGGCAAGUCGGGAGGAGCUAGAGAUUGUAAAGGCCAAGGUGAUGUCCUGCAGUCAGUGCAGCGAGAUCUUCAGUAAGGAAGGAUCAGCUCAGAGCUCCAGUGGAGACUGCGGAGAUGACGAGAAGGACUCUCUGAUGAAGCACCUGCGAGAGAUGGAGCUGGAGCUGGCACAGACCAAACUGCAGCUUGUGGAGGCCAAGUGUAAAAUACAGGAGCUGGAGCACCAGCGAGGAGCACUGCUCAAUGAAAUCCAAGCUGCCAAAAACUCCUGGUUUAGUAAAACCCUGAACUCUAUUAAAACCGCCACAGGGAGCCAGCCCGCCACCCCCCAGUCUCCACAGGGAGCCCAGGCCUCCAGCCCAGUACUACAGGCACCCAAGGAGAGCACAUAA